AUGGCUUCGGGCACAGCUAAGACCAUGAGGGAGAAAGUCACCUGCCCCAUCUGCCUGGAGCUGAUGACUGAGCCAGUGAUGAUAGACUGUGGACACAUCUACUGCCGUUCUUGCAUAUUGGAAAAUCUUGAGAACCAGCAACAGCAGUUACCUUCUGGGGGAAACUUCCAUUGCCCUGUAUGUAGGGCACAGUUUCAAAGGGAGAACAUCCGGCCCAGUAAGCAGCUAGAAAGCAUCAUUGACACCAUUAAGAAGAUGGAGCAGGAACAUCUGUGUGAAAAACAUGGAGAAAAACUCAGUCUAUUCUGCAGAUAUGAUGGCCAGCUCAUCUGCUGGUGUUGUGAGCGGACACCACAGCACAAAGGGCACAGCACAGUCCUUGUUGCAGAUGCCUAUCGAGGCUACAAGGAAAAAUUCCAGAAAACCUUGACAUACCUUAGGAAACAAGAAGAACAAAAUAAGGAAUGGCAAGGGAACAUAAGAGAGCAAAUAAGAAAUUUUCAGUCUGAAAUUUUGGAUAAAAAGUAUUGCAUCGAGUAUAGCUUUAUGGUUUUUCACAUGAUCCUACACAUGGAGGAGCAAUCUUAUCUCUGGAGACUGGAGAAUGAAGAACAGCAAGUUCUGAAGAGGCUGCAGGAGAGUGAAGCCCAGCUGCAGAAGCAAAGCCAGGAACUGAACAAACACAUCUUGGAAAUGGAGAGGAAAUGUCAGGCCUCAGCCCACGAGUUACUGCAGGAUAAAGGUGGCAUAGCAAGACUGUCCACCUCAGUGCAAACCUCUGCCACCUCCUUAGUGAGUCAGUCUCUGGGGCUCUAUGUAAAUUUUCCCGAUGUGCGAGAUACUUUGGUCAGAAUUUCUGCUAUGAAGUUAAAUAAACCAGAGGACGUCUCGUUGGAUAUUCAUGCUAUGCCUGAUGUUGAUGGCAUUUUCUGUGAAUUGAUAAAAUUGUUUGAGACGGAUUAUGUUAAGGUUACCCUAGAUCCAGAUACAGCUCACAAUGACCUACACGUGGACAAGGAUGAAAACACGGUGAUUGGUGGAAGGAACCAAGAGAAGCAGGACACUCCCUCUAGGUUUAAGGACUUACCUUGUGUCCUGGGAUGUGAGGCCUUCACCUCAGGAAAAUAUUACUUUGAAAUAUAUUUUACAGGAGGAUCUGAUUGGGAUGUAGGAGUUUGUCUGGAAAAUGUGCCAAGAGACAAUUUCAUGGUACGAGAGCCUGAGACUGGAUUCUGGGCCAUCAGACACCAUGAAAAUGAUGACAAUGUAGCACUGACAUCUCCCAUAACUCCUCUUUUUCGGAACAACCUUACUUAUCUACUAUCACUCUGGAUCCAGAUCCAGCUCACAGUGUCCUAUAUUUGGCUGAGGGUGGGAAGCAAGUGUCUUGUGGACUCCCCCAGAGGAAGUGUGAUACACCUUGGAGAUUUCGAGUCUAACCUUGUGUCCUGGGAUGUCAGACCUUCACUUCAGGACAACAUGACUUUGAAGUGUCCAUGCCAACAGGACCUGAGUAGGAUGCAGGAGUUUGUCUGGAAAAUGUGCCAAGGGAUAGUGAAGUGA